AUGGUUGCCGCGGCCGCAGCUACACUGAACAACAAAGCUAUUCAACGGCAGCCCUCGGCAACGGUGGUUUCAUCGUCCCAGCUAAUGGUUGCUCAUUCGAACGGUGUAAGCGAUGGAGGUGGCGCUAUGCUUUUAGGUGGCAGUAAUCGUCAUCAACGUCUUCCGUUAAAUCCCACGACAUACCAGUCGCAACAGUCUUCUACUCAUCAUAUGACAACGGCGAAUGCGAUAGCAGUGGCUAUCGCUGCAGCGGCAGCAACUGCUGCCCAACAGCAGCGUCCAUAUCGUCAUCAACAUCACUACCAGACGUCGACAUUAGCGAGCGCAGCUCCAAUGACAUCAUUCCUGCCAAUACACGCCUUUAGGACGAAAAAGCAACAGUUGAGCAAAACGCAAACGAAUAUCCGUGAGAGUAUAGUUCCAUCCGCAACUAAGCAAUCAUCGGCAGCAAUAAGAACUUGUACGGUAACGACCAUCGAAACCUGUACUACUGCCACGAGCAGCAUUCCAUCAAUCUUAGUUCCUUCCAAUGACGACGGAACGGACAUGACAGUGUGCACAUUAGCUGCUACCGUUGGGGCGACCAGUGCGAUCGCAACUCUAGCCUCACCAGUAUCCUCAGUAAUGUUACUAUCGACAUCGUCCACCAGUAGUAGUAGUAAUAGUAGUAACCAUAGCGAUACCAUUGGUAUGAUUAACUUUUCCCAUCGGUCCACUGCCGAUGAUCUAUCUCCGUCCUCAUCAUCGUCGAAGGUCGGUGGUGGUGUUAUAUCGCCAAUGUCAACAAUGUUGAUGCCGAUGAUUACAAAAACUCUAAGCAAUGAACCCUAUAUCAGCAACAGUGGAAACAGUGAUGGUGAUCUUCCGCACGCUAGCAUUAUUACAAAUGCUGGAUUUGCUGCAACUACAAAGACGCGACCGCAGAUGUUUGUACAAAUAAUGACGAAGAGAAUUCUAGCGUUACCUCCCGACUAUAUACCAGCCGAACUUUGCUAA